GGGGGCAGACCGGAAAGGCAGGAGGAAGUGCGGGCCAGAGAUCCGACGGGACUGUGCGGAAGCUGCAGGGCUGCCGGCGAUGGCUGCAGCCGGCCCGGGUGCGGGCCCCGCGCCCGUCGCCUCCGCCGCGGCCUCGCUGCCCCUGGCCGCGCUCAACGUGCGCGUGCGGCGCCGCCUGUCGCUGUUCCUGAACGUGCGCACCGCGGUGGCGGCCGACUGGAGCGCGCUGGCCGAGGAGGUGGGCUUCGAGUACCUGGAGAUCCGGCAGCUGGAGGCGCACGCCGACCCCACGGGCAAGCUGCUGGACGACUGGCAGGGCCGGCCCGGCGCCUCGGUGGGCAGGCUGCUCGAGCUGCUCGCCAAGCUGGGCCGCGACGACGUGCUGCUGGAGCUGGGGCCCAGCAUCGAGGAGGACUGCCAGAAGUACAUUCUGAAGCAACAGCAGGAGGAGUCUGAGAAGCCCUUACAGGUGGCCGCUGUGGACAGCAGCGUCCCCCGGACAGCAGAGCUGGCGGGCAUCACCACACUCGACGACCCCUUGGGGCAAAUGCCGGAGCGGUUUGAUGCCUUUAUCUGCUACUGCGCCAGCGACAUCCAGUUUGUCCAAGAGAUGAUCCAGCAGCUGGAACAGACAAACUACCGGCUCAAGUUGUGUGUGUCCGACAGGGACGUCCUGCCCGGCACCUGUGUCUGGUCCAUUGCCAGUGAGCUCAUCGAGAAGAGGUGCCGCCGGAUGGUGGUGGUUGUCUCAGAUGAUUACCUGCAGAGCAAGGAAUGUGACUUCCAGACUAAGUUUGCACUCAGCCUCUCUCCAGGCGCCCAUCAGAAGCGACUGAUCCCCGUCAAGUACAAGGCCAUGAAGAGAGAGUUCCCGAGCAUCCUGCGAUUCAUCACGGUCUGUGACUACACCAACCCCUGCACCAAGUCUUGGUUCUGGACUCGCCUUGCCAAAGCCCUGGCCCUGCCCUGAAGACUGCCCUGGUACCCUGGGUGUCCGCGUGUCCGUCUGCCUGUACGUGUACUCCUGCCCCUGCCUCCCGCUGCGGUUGUAGGGGGAUUCCUUGAGAUGCCAACUCCAUGGGCACAUCCGCAGCCACUGGACACUUCUGGACAUCACACUGCAUGUCCUGCGUGGAACCAAUGGCUGCCAGGGGAUGUGCCUGCCGGGACUCGGAGGCGCCAUCUCUGGCCCAUCCACAUGCCAUAGACCUCAGUUUCUCCGCCUGGUAACUCUGUAGGGUGAGGAGAACAGGCAGUCGCUGUGUUCAAGUCACUGUGGGAAAUGGCGGGGCCUUGCGCCGGGUCUCCUGGGGCAGCCAGAUCGUGGCUGGGAGAGAGCUGGCAGCUGGGGCCACGUGCUGGUUACUGCCAGGGCAGUUGUUUCCACAAGGGUGCCUGCUCAUUGCCCACCUCACACCCCACUUCCUCCUGCCCCGCGGGGUAGAUACGGGCCUAGCACAGAGAUCCCGCCUUUGAGCCUGAUUCCCCCCCUCCCUGUGGGUUCCCCUCUGUCUGCCUCUUGGAUUCCUCCCAGCCUCUUGCCACGUUCGGUGGGACAAGUUCUCCAAGCGGUUAGGGCUGCUUUCACGUCAACCCACCCAGGUGCCAGUGGUCACACGCCCACCUCUGCCUGGCACGGGAUGGGACCCAUCAAGCUUGGGUUCUGAGGCUGGAUCAUGUGGGAGAAGCAAGAAGCCUUCCUCCUGGGGCCACCCACAGAGAGCUUGCCCACCAGCGUUUCUACCUGGAUUGCCUUACAAAGUUACUUGGUGGGACCAGUUUACAAACCAUAGCCACAUAAGAGCCUCCUGCCCCAGAGCUUGUGGGCACAUGGACAUACAUACAUAUACACACAUGCAAACACACGCACACCAUUUUCCCCACUUCAUUGGAACCAGCCUCUAAACAGGACCAAAUAUGCCAGGAUUUACGCCCUCACACAGCAAGCCAGCAGCAGACAGCUGUGUUCCUCUCCCUCUCCAGGGAAUUUGUACAGUAGUUCAUAUCUGAAGCUCUCUUUUGGGGAGAAAAUAUGGUCUCAGGUCUCAGAGCAGAUCCCUGGACCCUAAAUCUAAUAGAAGAUGUGUGCCUUUGUUCCCCCUCCAGCAUGGCUGGUGUGGGGUCUGGGGAGGGCCUGAAGGCCCCUCUCUGCACCAUCAUGAUGAAGCACUUAGCCCCAUGCACCUCUCCCCACUUUGAUACUGGGGAGUAUUUUGUAAAGAUUUCCAGGAAGUAUUUCACACCUAUUUUGUAUGCGUUUCGAGGAGUUCAGAGAGAACUGAGAAAUGUCUGUGUCAUUUCUCCUGUAUCCUGGGUUUAUAAUAAAGAGUUUUCUAUUUUGGGAA